AUGGACAAAUUAACUGUUGAUGAAGAGCAUAAAUUUCAAAAUGCUAGAUUAUGUGAAUGCUGCUUCAAAUCAUUUAAAAACGAUAAUUUAUUUAAAGUAAGAGAUCAUAAUCAUUUUACAGGACGUUUUAGAUCAGCUGUUUGUUUAAAUUGUGUGUUUCCUUAUGAAUAUAUUGACCAUCCUAAUAAAUUAAAUGAAACUUGUUUACCACCAAAACAGUUUUUUUAUAAUUCAUUAAAAUAUGAAGAUAUUAGUGAUGAAGAUUAUGCGCAUGCUCAUAAUGUUUGGAAAAAAUUUAAUAUAAAAACAUUAGGAGAAUAUAGUGACUUAUACUUAGCAACAGAUGUAUGUUUACUUUCUGAUGUUUUUGAAAAUUUUAGAGAUCUUUGUUUACAAACACUUAAACUCGAUGCUUCACAUUUUAUGACCGCUCCAGGAUUUGCAUUCGAUUGUAUGUUAAAACAUACUAAUGUUAAAUUAGAACGGCUUAAACAGUAUGAUAUUCAAAUUUUUCUGGAGAACGGAUUACGUGGUGGAAUUUGUCAUUCAGUUAAAAGACAUGUAAAAGCUAACAUUCCUAAUAUUCAAAAUAUUAAUUAUGAUUCAAACAAACCUGUAACGUGGUUAGCUUACUUGGACUGUGUAAAUCUAUAUGGAAAAUCAAUGCUAUCUGCUUUACCUCAUAAAAAUUUUGAAUGUUUUAACGAUUUGACAAUAGAUAUAACACAAAUUGAAGAUGAUGCUGAAUAUGGUUAUAUUUUAGAAGUAGAUGUUAUUUAUCCAAAACAAUUACAUGACAAUCAUAAUGAUUUCCCAUUUUUACCUGAGAAUAAAUGUCCUCCCAAUUCAAAAGUAAAAAAACUAUUAACAACAUUAGAAUCGAAAUUUAAUUAUGUAGUUCACUAUAGAAAUUUGAAACAGGCCAUCGUUAAUGGAUUAAAAGUGAAAAAAGUUCAUAGGAUUCUGCGUUUUUCACAAUCUCGUUGGAUGGCACCAUAUAUAAAUUUAUGUACAAAUAUGAGGGUUAAGUCAAGGAAUGAGUUUGAACGACAAUUCUGGAAACUGUUAGUGAAUAGUGUCUAUGGAAAAUGUAAGAAAACGUAUGUCAAUGUUUCUAGUAUCUAACGAAAAAAAAGCACAUCGAUUAAUGUCGAAAACAACAUUUAAAGAUCGAACUAUAUACACAAAAAAUUUAAUGGCCAUUCAUAUGA